AUGCCCCUCCUCCGUGCGGGCUCCGCCCUGCUUGUAUUGCUCCUGAUACUCCCGCAAGUACACGCCUUCGGAGCUGGAAAUAUUGCCUCUAUCUCCGCCGUUGAAGGCAAGAACUGGCGCCAUGGUGAUAUCGAAGAUGUACUCAAGACGCUGGCUUUCAUAUCCGGCCACAAAUGGACUUCCACCAUGGUCAAGCGCGUGUAUUUUGGUAACUGGUUGCGUGAUUACUCGCAGGCAAUGGACGUUGGAACUCUCAAAAAUCUGCAGGCCGAUACUAUCCGUGUUUUGGUGUGGGUCCUCUCGUUCCUGAGCUUCGGCUAUGCCACGGGUGAAUUUGAGGUGACGUCGGAUCGCUUGGGUGUUUACCGUCCCGAGGAACAUAUUGAUAACCCUAAGGACUAUGCCGACAACGAAGAUGCCCGCCAAUAUGACAAGCGGUUGCGCCCACCUGUUCGUGCUAUCGAGCUAGAGAUUGACCCGAGCACCGGUAUGAAGAACUACAUAGCCAACGAGAGAGGCGAUUGGGCCACUAGCUCUGCCUUUAUCAAAUUCAGUCUUAGCCGCAGUAUCCACUAUGGACGGACCUACACCAAUGGCGGACACAGAAAAGGCAACGAGGAGGACCUGUGCGAAGCACUUCGGUGUCUAGGCCAGGGACUACACACGCUGGAGGAUUUCGCCGCACACACCAACUAUGUUGAGCUGGCGCUGCGCGAGAUGGGUUUCAAGAACGUGUUCCCGCAUACCGGUACUGCCACACAAAUCAACCUUCAAGGACGUCACGUUUUCCCCCUUAUAACGGGAACCUUUGGUAUGGUUGAUUUCUUCCAUUCUGUGAUGGGAGAGGCAAAUGAUCAUUUCACUCAAUCCGAGGUUAACGAGAUGGAUAUUGCUCUCGGUAAUGCCGAAAUGAAUGCGCAGUCAAACAACUCCCUUGGUGCUUUGACUGGGCUCUUGGGCAAGAUCCCAGGUACCAAGGAUCUAGUCAGCGAGGCUGAGGGUCUCAAGAGGUCGUCGGCAGCGCAAGAAAUGGCCAACCGCAGUCGUGGUACUGAGACCGGCUAUGCGCAGUCUGCUUCCAAUAGUCACGAGCGGUCCCGUGCGGAGCCAUCAGGUGGUUCGAAGCCAGGUGCUGGGCUCGAUGGCAUGCCUGAUUUCAAUCCCCAGGAGACAGUGGCCAAGAUCUAUCCUAUCUUGGCCUUCCGAGAUAAGGUAGCGCGGAAAUUGAACUCAAUUAUCGAAAAGAUCCCUGGAUUGGAGUCGCUCGUCGAGAAGAUCUCUGAGACUCUGACCGUCUUCGUCAUGUCACUGCUAGCACCUUUCGUUCGACCUCUGAUCAAGGCUGCUUCUAAGUCCAUCCAAACUGGAUCAGCAGGUGUUAUCGAUGCCUCUGGCAAGCACCAGUACGAGCCAUGGACCGAUCCUCACUGCACAGAUCCUACCCACUCCUUGCUCUCCAAGGACCACUUUGCCAACAUUCUGAAUGAGCCCGCCGGACGGGUCGCCUCUUCAAUCGUGGAGUACGUCGCACCUCGUAUUCUGUACGCUUGGCAACACAUCGAUGUCUCCGAGGACGAGGUCCUCAAUGAUUGCAUGCAAGUCUUCCACCACCCAGCGGUGCGCAACAUGCACAAUGGUGCCCAUCGUGCAAUGUUCGAGGCCGUCGAGAAAUGGGUCCACAGCCGCCCAGACCGUGGCGCUUCCCUUGACUCCAUCCUCAGCUCUGAGGGUGUGAGAUCCGGCCGUAACACCGGUGGAGUGAGCCACACGCACAGCGGCGAGCAUGCUGGGUUCCCAACACUCGGCGGUGCAUCGCACGGCCAAAGCCAGGGCCAUGGACACAGUAACAAUGGUGGACAUUCAUCUGGUGGAUUCUCCUCAUUCCUCCCUCAGCAAAACCACCAGCAACAAUCAAACAACAGCUCCUCCGGAAUGCCGUGGGACAAACUGUCUAGCAUCCCCGGCUUGUCUAACCUGGGAAAACUCGAAAGUAAAAUCUCAAACUUCCUGCCUGGUGGCUUGUCGCGCGAUGUAAACGACGAAGCACCCCAACAAAGCCAGCAUGGCUCGUACCAGAACCAGCCGGCUGGGGGUAUGUAUGAGAACCAAUACCCUCCUCAACAGCAGUAUGGAGGUUACCACCAGCCUCCGCACGCAUCUCAGCAAAGUUACGGCUACCAGGGUAAUCAGCAACAUGAGCAGCAUGGUUCAUAUCCAGGUUCGCAUGGUGGAUAUGGACAGGGCCAGGGCUAUGGACAGGGUCACGGGUAUGGACAUGGCCACCCGGGUUACUAA